AUGAGGCUGCGCCUGAGCAUCCGCCGUCACAAUCUGCCCACGGCCGAGCUGCUGUGGGCAGUGCCUGACGACAGAGCCAACGACGCCUUCACCGUCGCCCAGCUGCUCGAGCACGUCAACGACAUUAUCCCGCUCGAGAGUCUGCACUGGGGCUUGGAGGACUACACCGUUGAGAUCGCCAGCUACGAGGCCCUGCACUUCCAGAAUGUUAGGGAUAUCUUCAAGGAUGAGGACCAAGUCUGCAUUCGCCAUCUCACCCAGCCCGAGCUUCGCGCACGCCAUAUCGCCGGCCGCGAUCAAAUCAACGCGAAUGGCCAGCAUCUUGUCGAUGGCAUCCCCUUCGGCAAGUCCUACUUUUCCGCUCGGAAGCCCGGUCGUCCGCCCGUCAACAUUCCGCCCUUGAAGAAUCCCAUCGCCGACUCCACCGACGGAGACGAAGUCCACGGGCUCCUUGACGAUGUGCCUCAAUUCCAACAUCACAUUGAUGACGACGAAGACGAUGAAGACUUCGUCGCAGAGCAACCUGCUCCGAAGCGGAGAAGGCUGGAGUCCGUAAGGUCGGAUAAGUCUGACAAAAGUGUACAUUUCCAAGACGAUGACGCAUUGGUAGCGCUCCCAUCGGAUGAUGAUACUGAGGAGGAAUAUCGGGGCCCUCUCAGUAUCUCAGACAGCUCAUCAGAUGUGUCGACUCGCGCGGAACCGAUCCAUGUAGACACAAAGGUGGUCGACACCGCUGCGACCGAUGACUCUGGCCCGUCUAGCUCUGACUCUGACUCAUCUUCUGACGAUUCCGACUCUUCAUCCGUCGACCCCUCGUCUGAUAUCGCCUCGUCUGAGCACUCCUCGUCCGACGACUCUUCAUCCGAUGAUACCUCAGACUCGGACUCGUCUUCCACUGAUGAAGAUGAUUCUGACUCCGGCUCAGAGCCGGACGAAGCCAGCUCAAAACCUCUGCCAAUCGUAGUACAGCCAAGCACUGGCCAGCAGAAUGCAUCGCCGAUCCCGACUCGUGUACCUUUUCAAGGUCUGAAAAGAACCAAAGCGCGGAACAGGCGUCGUCGGAUUGGAAAGCUCCACAAGCGUGAUACACCUCAUGAAGCUGGUAGGUGGAUGGGGACUCCCCCGAACGUCCAAGGGACUAGCAUCGUUACCUCACCUUCCCGUUUAGCAGAAAAAGAUGCGGAGACCGAUUUGCUCGAGAAGAAGAAGGCCCAGCUACUCAUGAUGCUCAAUUCCUCAUUCGACGUCAGCAAUUCAAAGAAGGGUCCGACUGAUGUAGAUUCUACUCCCACAGAUGCUAGUGCUGGAGAGAAGGAAUCAUUUGAUGCGGACAUUGAAAAGGACUCGACCAACAGAGCAGGGGAGUCAGGUCUCGGCAACGAGGUUCAAAAACCUGCUUCCGAACUCACACCGGAAAGCCCUACCGAGACGACGCGAGAAGCCAAGAAUGAAGUCACAGAUGCUCCAGCUCCCAAGCGUAAGCGAAUCGAUGUCGACAGCUUCCGUCGCUUGACCAUGGGGUCACUGGGUCUUCGCAAUCCAAAAACAAAGGAAGACGAACAGAAGUUGAGGGAUAAGAUAGCUGCCACCGUAAGCAGACGCGGCAAGAAGAGGUUUUAUGGCGAAUCCUCCGCGCAAGAAGUGGAAGAGGAACCUGAAGACCUUCAGGAUCCCGAUUCCUGGAAGUUCCGGAUAGAACUAAUGGCGUUCGAAGUUUCGGAUGGCAAUGUACAGGAGCUGAGCGCGCCGCCCUUCCCGUUCAAGCAACGUUGGGAUCCGCAGCAGUGGUACGAGCAGUAUGUGGAGUAUGACCAGGAGCACGAGCACAAGAAGAAGAACAAGAAAAAGCGUAAGAAGAACAAUCAGACGUACAACGAGCCGGAGCAGCACUACCAACGGGAUGGGAACGAGGAUUGGUCCAUUCUUGACUAUGAUGAGCCAGCUGAGGCCGACGCUGCACAAUCGCAGCUCCUCCAAGAGACACAAGAUGCGCAGGGCGUAUCCGAAGCUUCAUUGAAGCCCAAGAACGCCGACGAGCAGAUGAAUGCGAGCGAUGAUCUCCCUCCCCUGCCUCCGGAUGUCACAGCUCUACAAACACUUGUACCCGAGGACAUUCGCGUUGGCUCGAUCGUUGUCUACAAGGAAAUGGAAGUGUCAGAACUAACCGGCUGGCAGCCCAUCAUAUCUGACUACCGCAGAGCCGAAGUCCUAGAGACUGAGGAAGAUGCUGCAUACCUGCAGCUUGCUGCCCCUGACGUUCCGCGCAGCCGGUCUGAGGCGCGAUCUGGCGGCAAGAAUGGCAAGCUUGAGGCGAAGACGUUCGACGUCACUAAGGAUGAAGAGGAUGAUCCGAGCAGGCGUUGGGUCGAGUUCCCGAACAUGGCAGGGCUGUGGCUCCUCCAGGCUGCUGCCCCUAGUGACGAGAUUGAUGGUCUUGCUGACACCAAAAUGGCCGAUGGAAACGGAGAGGAGUUGACGGCGAAUGCUGAGGAAGAGAAUGUGGACGAAGGUACGACUGAAGCUCACUCUCCGGACGAGAAGGGAGAAGAUGCGGUUGCUGAGAACUAG